UCUGUCCAAUAUGGAACUCGUAGCAUUGAUUAAUAGGUUGACCGAAAAACAAUUAACACACAUCCCUCUGACACUGGAAGCUUUUGAGAUACAAACAAAUCUUCUUAAAGCUUUAAAACAGUUAGAUUUUACUCUUGUUGGACACUAUACAAAACGUUUGGCUUUAUACAAUCAAAUCCAUAAGUGUAAUUUAUGGAAUCAAAUGAAGCAUUUAAAGGGAUUUCAGCUUCCUUUACAUUAUACGACUGGCCUUAAAGGAGAUUUAGGAAUAACACUCUUAUCCUUAUUCUUAAAAUUUGGUGCUGAUAUCAAUCAAAGAGAUAAAAAUUUCUGUACGCCACUCAUGCUUACAUCUCAAUUAGGAAGAACUGCAUUUACUGAGUUUUUGUUAACACAGGGAGCCCGUGUGGAUCUUGUUGAUUAUAAAGGAUAUACUGCAUUACACUAUGCGUGUGCUGAAGGUCACGUUGAAACAGCUGCGCGGCUGCUACUUUUCGGUGCAAAUCCAAAUGCUUUAGGAGCCCCACGUCUACAGUGGGAAACACCUUUAGAGAUUUCGGUGAAUUCCAGGGUUGUGCGUGCUCGAGACAUGGUGAAAACAUUAAUGAAUUACGAUACUAAUACAAAAUAUCAGAUUCCUUCCCGUUUUUAUAAGAACGAAACAUCAAUGCUAAUGAAACUACUUCAGUUUGACGUAGGUUUUUUUUUGUAUUGA